GCACUGAAGCGGGCCAUGGGCCGCGCAGCCGCCGGCUCCCCGGGGCGCUGCAGGCAGCGGGGCCGGGCUCCCCGGAGGCAGCGGCGGCGGCGGCGGCAGCAGCAGCAGCAGCGGUCCAGGCGCCAGGCCCCCCGGAAGCGCAAGGUCCCUGCGUGCCGACGCCGGAGGCCACGUCCUCCGCCCCUGGACCCCUGCCCUUGCCCCUGCAGGCCCGGGCCGGCCGUGCCGCAGCCCGUGUGCUGCCACGACAAGUUCCUGGAUCCGUGUGCGUCCCGUGAUGACUGGCGCUGCGCGCGCUCCAUGCACGAGUUCUCCGCCAAGGACAUCGAUGGGCGCAUGGUGUGCCUGGACAAGUACCGGGGCUUCGUGUGCAUCGUCACCAACGUAGCCUCCCAAUGAGGCAAGACAGAGGUGAACUACACUCAGCUGGUCGACCUGCACGCGCGAUACGCUGAGUGUGGUUUGCGCAUCCUGGCCUUCCCCUGCAACCAGUUUGGGAGGCAGGAGCCAGGGAGUAACGCCGAGAUCAAAGAGUUCGCCGCCAGCUACAAUGUCAAGUUUGAUAUGUACAGCAAGAUCUGCGUGAAUGGCGACGACGCGCACCCGCUGUGGAAGUGGAUGAAAGUCCAGCCCAAGGGCAGGGGCAUGCUGGGCAACGCCAUCAAGUGGAAUUUCACCAAGUUCCUGGUGGACAAAAAUGGUUGCGUGGUGAAGCGGUACGGUCCCAUGGAAGAGCCCCUGGUGAUCGAGAAGGACCUGCCCUGCUAUCUCUAGCUCCCACAAGUGCCCAGUCCUGCCCGAGCCCCCCGCCUGAGUCCCCCGGAGCCUUCCACCCGGCACCAUGACGGCCUGCCUGCAAACCAGUCCGCUGGUGAGGCUGGCCCGAGAACUCGCGUGCAACCCUGCCGGAGGAAGGCCCCCCUGGACGCCGGACGCCGGCUCGGCGCCACCAUCAUAGCUGCCUUGUGGGAAUAAAAGAUAGAAAACUC